GGUUACGGUAAUCUCCAGCAAAGCGGGUGAUAAAAUCGGAAAGGUUGACUGAUACGUCGAAAACCCUGAAGAAAGGAUGGUACGUCGUCGGCGCACCACAGAAGACAGUGAUCUCAUCACAAAGAUUCUCUUUGUCCUAAGCUUCCUCGUCUGCACGAUCACCUUCAUAAACGGACAUCCAAACGCGUUUUCCUAUUCGGAAUCGAGCUGGACGCCGGAGAGUUCCGAAGAUGACGUCAGUUCCCGAUCCUUUUCGUACGAAGAUAUAACACCGUCCGAAGAUAUGGAGGAUUUAGAUCCAGAAUAUAGUUUAGACGACGUGGAGGACGAUCUAGAAGAUGAUCUUUAUGAAUACGCCUUUUUGACCAACAACAAACGAAAUCCAAAUUCUAGAGCCGAUAAAAGUUUCAAGAAUGCUGCUGGAUAUUAUCUGAUUGAAAACUCGAACGGAAAUGUAAUAGGAACAAAGGACUUGUCCAAGUGUAUGACGAGGGGCAUAUUUGAAGUAGGAAGGACUCCAGGUGGCCUACCAUUUUACAGGAAUAAGGCAACUCAAAAGUACUUAGCCAUCGACCCAAACGGAACCGUUUAUAUGUCGCCAACUCAAAACAGUGAUACUGUCAUCUACACUAUCAACGAUACCCGUGACUUGAGCAUAAUAUACUUAUACCGCCUUGUUGGUCAAAACAAGCGAUUAUAUCUGGACCUCUCGCCUCAGAGUAACACGGUCGGACCAGCGAACACCAGUAAUACAACUAAAUUUCGCUCUAGAAAUGGCGUAAAAACCUGUUAACAAGUAGUGGACCUAGACAAUUUUAAGAACUUUUAGAUUUUAGGAUGAAUAUAGAGACCACGCGUAUUGGAUAUCACAGUAAGUUAUUUUGCAAAAUUAAAGGAACUUU